AUGCAGACGGCGAAGGUGAGGGCCAAGGACAUGGUGAGCUCGGCCCAGGAGAAAGCGAAGGAGGGAUCGGCCGAGGUGCAGGGCAAGGCGGGCAAAGCCGCGGCGACCACGCACGGCGAGAAGGAGAUGGCCAAGGAGGAGGAGCGCGCGCACAAGGCCCAGGCCGACGCGCAGAAGCACCAGGAGAAGGCCGAGCACCGCGCCAAAGCGGCCGCGGGAUGCCACGGCACGGCUGGGACGCACGGCCACCACGGCCCCGUCGGCACCCCUGUGGCCCCUGACCCCGCGUACCCGGCCAGCGGCUGGCACCCGGCGGCGGAGAAGUACAUCUAG